GCUGUAUCGUCCGUCGUCUGCAUCCAAAGGGUGGUCGAGACGAGUCGCGCGUGCACCUUUGAGGUUACCUGAGGUUGUCCUUUCCUUAUCAGCCCUCUCAACCUCUUGGUCUUUCAUCAUCGGGUCGGAUAUCCUACGAAGCGGCCGCCGAGCGACGGCGAAUCGGGAGGAUGCGGCAACGUCGGCGAUGACCAUGCAUCGCCGAUCGCUGACCACCGGUCUUCUGUCGCAUUUGUACAGCGUGCUCUUGCUGUUCCUGAUUCUCAACGCCACCGAUCACCUCAGGGUGAUGACGACAGCCGCAGCUUUCACGGCCAGUAUAAUCUGUAGUAAGAUCCCCGGUCUGACACCAGCCCAACAGAAAAUGUGCCAGGAUCGUCCUGACCUCAUAGUUGCAAUAGGCGAUGGCGCAAGAAUGGGUAUUGCUGAAUGCCAAAAGCAGUUCCGGUACAAGCGCUGGAAUUGCACAGCCAUUGGAAGUUCCUACGUCUUCGGACACGUUGUAGUGAUUGGUAGCCGGGAGGCGUCGUACACGUACGCCGUGACGUCUGCGGGCGUGACAUACGCCAUCACGCAGUCGUGCAGCCGGGGCAGCCUGUGGCAGUGCGGGUGCGACACGAGCCGAGACGGCCUGGUGGACCCCAAGGGCGGCUGGAAGUGGGGCGGAUGCAGUGCCGACGUCCGCCACGGCAUGAAGAUGAGCAGGCAGUUCAUGGACGCCCGUGAGAUCGAAGGGGACGAGAGGUCCCUCAUGAACCUGCACAACAACAGGGCAGGCCGGAAGGCAGUCCUCAAUACAGUGCAGACAGAGUGCAAGUGCCACGGAGUUUCAGGCUCUUGCACCAUGAAGACAUGUUGGAACACACUGCCCCCUUUCGGCAAAACCGGAGACUAUUUAAUGCGCAGGUACCACGAAGCCAAAAGAGUGUUCGCCCGCUGGGGAACAAACACCAAAUACACCCUCGCCCAACUGCGGCGGAACAGGCCCUUGUACUUAAGGACUCGAAACACAAAGAGGCCGCACAGGAAGCCCAGGCCGAGGGACCUGGUGUACCUGGAUAAGUCUCCCAAUUACUGCGAGGCGGAUCCUCUGAAAGGAUCGCCCGGCACCGCGGGCAGGCACUGCAACAGAACUUCCAAAGGCACGGACGGUUGUGAUCUUAUGUGCUGCGGCAGAGGUUAUAACACACACCAGUACGAGAGGACUGCUCAGUGCAACUGCAAAUUCCACUGGUGUUGUUACGUCGAUUGCCAACUGUGUACAGAAAGGACAGAGAUAUACUCCUGCAAGUGAUUUGCGGACAUUUCUUGUGGUGCUUCCUGAGUUAGGAGAGAAAUGGACAUAAAAAUGUGGGAGUCAUCAGGCUUGGAACAGAAAGAAGCCGGAAGUGUAAAAAGCCUUAAGGCUGUUCAUGUGUAUAUUUGAAAAGUAAUUACUGUUAAUGUGUGAAUAAUUUAAUGAAAUGCUUGUCUUCUGACUUUGCAACUUUGUAGUCAUACACCAUCAUACAGAAUUGAUUCAAAAAUUAUGUUUGAUUCAGAUUCAAUUCUUAAAAAUAUAUCUGAAAAUAAAUUACAAAAAAUUACAAAUCAGUGGAAGUGUUUCCCCUUCAAUUUGUUUGAUAUACUUACGCGUAAUGAAUAGUUUCACUUCAGCGAAGAAAAUCGAAUAGAUACAUUUUGAACGUCUCCCUAUUGACUGAUUGAGUUCAAAAUUUGAUAGAGAAUUGCGAAUUUGGUUCAAGUCUACAUAUCAGAUUUCACUUUUCUUGCUAACUGCGUUCUUAAAUAACAGCAAUUCACUUUCUCACGAAUCAAAAGACAGUGGACACUAAAAAUUUCGCAAAUUUGUUUGGAUCAACGAUUCUUUUGAGAGGAUCAUAUGACAGAUUUCAACUGCCAAUCUUUUGCGUUUUUUGAGCUAUAGAGAUCAGAUUUGUCUUUGAUAGAUUUCAUCCCAAAUUGAUAGGGAUCAACGAUUUUGAUGUAAAUACCGUAUGUAAAAUUUCAUUUUUGUAAAUCUUAUUAUUUUUUAGUUAUCGUGUUAUAAAUAUAAUUCCAAAUAAAACAUAUAAUUUUCCAGACAUAUAAAUAUAAUUCCAAAACUUUAUUUUUCAAUAUGAUCUAAAUUGUGGAAACUCAUGCAAAUUUUGAGAACAAAUUCUUUGAUGAAUACAGUAUUCUCUUUAUUUUCAAGGAAAUAAAUACUUAUACUGAUUGUAGAAGUUGUAAUUAUAAUCGUUUAUAAUCUGGGAAUGCAAUUUAUUAUUCUUUUUUUUAUAAUAAUAUUCACAAUAAAUUAAUUUUAUAACAAAUAUCGGCCACCCUGGUGGGUACACAAAAAGGUGCGGGAUCUGGCUCCUCCCAUCGAUGACGGGACGUACUUCCUUCUGGAAGGGUUGUACCGUGGCCGGUGAUGGCCCUUAGGACUCAACCACAGUUCCCGUCAAUGUUCUGU